UCGAUGUUCUAAAACAUCUCGCCGUUUUGAGUAGGAGGCCGCUAUAAAUGAUCAAUUUGAAACAGUUUCUAUUUUACUCUGCGCAAAUUAACAACGCGAUAUUUGUUCUGUAACGUGUAACAUAGUGUUGAUAUUUUAUUUAAAAAAAAAGAAAAUUCCAAUAGAAAAUUGUUAAUACUCAAUUUGUUUAAUUAAAUAAACAAACAAAAUAACGAGAGAGUUUUUCUAUUUUUGAAAGCCCGAAAAAAGAGUAAAAAUACAAUUUUGUGAAAAAAACGUAAAAGAUUUUCCCCAUCUGGAUUUGGUUGGCUUUCUGAGAGUGUUCUUGUGUGUGUGAAUCAGUGAUUUUUAUUGAAAUUAUAUGGAAAUUUUCAAAUACAAUUAAAAGAUUUGAAAUUGGACAAACGACACAGUCGAUAUAAAUCACACAAACUGCAUACAAACGAAUAAACAUCGGAAAUUAUUACGGGGAGAAGACAACAUAAACUAACACCUUUAAAAUUUAAAAACAAAAGAAGAAAAAUGUGGACUAAUAAAUUUAUCAGCGCCUAGAGAUAAGAAAACUCUAUUUUCUAUGCACCAGAGUAUUACGGUGAAAAAUGAUGAAGAUUGAUGAAGAUAUUAUGCUAAAAAUGACACAGAACCUAAUUAAAACGCAUAAAUAAAUAUCACAUUUUAAAGAUCUUCAAGCAAACAGAAAUAGUAACAUUUCCGUUGCCAUAAAGAAGAAAAACAAACAAAAUAUUUACCUUUAAAGUGAAACUAAAGGUGAUCAUUAUCUUGUAAUAACAUCAUCACCCGCCCAAAGUAUCAUUUGUAUCAUUAUAAUCACAGAAAUUCUUUCCGCUUGCCACAUCAAUCAUCACUGGGAUUUUUAAGCAGGAGAUCGAUCGUACAACAAGGCGGCAAAUGAGACACAAACAUUUAUGGAUUUUAAUGAUUUUAACAUCAAACAUUUAAAAUAGAAAUUUGAAUAUACAAAAACAGCAAAGAUACACAAACUCACUCACACAAAUUGUAUAUUUUUAGAUUUGUACCCCAAAAGAAACACAUGUUGCUACAGAUCAUUAGACUAUCAAAUCAAAUCAAACAGCAACAACAACUGCAACAAUAGAGACUUUCAGCUACAAAUAAAGUUUGAAAUUUUCUUUCAGAUUCAUCUGAACAGCAAAAGAGGCGCAUCAUUUGAGUUUCUCCUUGUGCCCAGUGCAUUUUAGAUUUGGGUGGAUUUUCAAUCUUUUUUGCUUUUAAGUGGAUUUCCGGUACAACACACCGCAACACGACACAACUACAACAAAAACAUCAUCAGCAACCCAAAAAAGUAAUAGAAAAAAAUAAAGAAACAGUUUUAUUUUGAGGAUCAUUAAAUGAAAAGUGAAACUUAAAGCAACAUACUUGCAACACAUGUGUCAUAAAUGAAUGCAGCAACAAAAAUACCAUGUUGUCAUUAAAAGAGGCACAACCAAAAAACCCUUAAACAAACCCACUUAAUUUGUUUUUUGACUCAAUAAAAAUUGAGAGACACAAACACACCGAAAGAGAGCGCAAGGAAUAAGAAAAGAGCAAAAACGUUCACUGAGUGAGUGAAAUUUGUUUUGGAAAAAGGCCUGUUGCCACAGACAUCAGCGACUGUUGUAUUCAUUUUGUAAACAAACAUCAUGGUGUUAAGAUCGCAAAGUUCAAGACAUAAAAAUCCUUUAGGAUGCAUUAAUUACUUUUUAAUAUUGGCCGUCUCAUUAAUGUACAUCACAGUGAUGGUAACGACUCCAGUAACAGCCAUGGCUAGACGAUUUUCGCCCUCGGAAACAAAUGAUUACGACUAUGGCUACACCUCUCAAGUGGAAGUAAGAAAACGCAGUGGCGGAGCGGUAAAUGCAGGCAGUACAAAUGCCAGCCAGUCACCAGAUCAAUUUGACGAAACUGAAGCCGAUGAGGAGAGAGCUCAGGAACGUGAUCGUAAUGACGAGGCUGAUGAGGAAGAGGACAAUUAUCAACAACAGCAGCAGCUAUCUGAUAAAUUACCCAAAUUUAAAAAUCCCAAAAAUUUACGCAACAUUUAUUCCAAACCCUCGGGCAGUUUCAUACAACUUUCAUGCCCAGCCAUAGGCAAACCUGAACCCAACAUAACAUGGCUGGUAAAUGGCACUAAGAUUGCACGUAAUGUGGGUAAAAUAAGAAAACCAAAAUGGUCUAUUCUAAUGGAAGACCUGGUGCCCACUGAUUCUGGACUGUACACCUGCAAAGUUUGCAAUCCCUAUGGCUGCAUAAAUCACACCACCAGUCUACACAUCAGUGAUCGUGUCAAUCACAAACCCAUUAGUCUCAUAUCACCAGCCAAUCUGACAUUAUUCAUAAAUGAGAGCGGCGUUAUGGAAUGUAAAUACUUAUCCGAUCUCUUUAGUUCGAAAAGUUGGACCUUUACACCAUGUAACUCGACACAUGGCUGUUCAACCAAUAGCUCGGUGCUGCAGGAUGUGCAAGAUGUUUUGAAAUUUGAAAAUGUUACCAAAGAACAGGAGGGUUGGUACACUUGCAUGGAAAUAAAUGGUCUGGGUAAAUCUCUAAAAAGUGCUUAUCUUCGGGUAAAAGAUCCCAGUGAAACCAAAGUCACCAAAGUGAUAAGAUCACAAACAUUGUGGGAAGUGGUAGUGGCCACUGUUAUUAUACUAAUGCUGUUGCUGUUGGCUAUUUUCAUUUACUAUGUGUGGCGUAAAAUGAAGCAUGAAAAGCUGCUCAAGCAGCGCAUAGAAACGGUGCAUCAAUGGACGAAAAAGGUUAUAGUAUACAAGCCAGCCAGUGGUGAUUCUUCGGGUUCCAUGGAUGCCAUGAUAAUGCCAGUGGUGAAAAUUGAAAAGCAGCGUACCACAGUCUUGCAAAGUUCCAAUUCAGAGCCGGUGCCCUUUAAUGAAUAUGAGUUUCCUUUGGAUUCGCAUUGGGAAAUACCACGUAAUCAGCUUAUUUUGGGAGCCACUUUGGGUGAAGGAGCCUUUGGUCGGGUGGUAAUGGCCGAGGUAAAUAAUGCCAUAGUGGCUGUCAAAAUGGUUAAAGAGGGCCAUACCGAUGAUGACAUUGCCAGUUUGGUGCGUGAAAUGGAGGUAAUGAAGAUUAUAGGCAAACACAUUAACAUCAUCAAUCUACUGGGCUGUUGCUCCCAAAGUGGUCCACUAUAUGUUAUAGUGGAAUUUGCUCCCCAUGGCAAUCUCAAGGACUUUCUGAAUAAAAACCGACCCGGCAAGGAAUACGAUAAGGAGGGCAAUCUAACCUCUCCCCAACAUCAUCUCACCGAAAAACAUUUAAUCUCCUUUGCCUUUCAAAUUGCAAGAGGCAUGGAAUAUUUGGCUUCACGUCGUUGCAUACAUCGCGAUUUGGCGGCCCGCAAUGUUUUGGUAUCCGAUGACUAUGUCAUGAAAAUUGCCGACUUUGGCUUGGCUCGCGACAUACAAGACACCGACUAUUAUCGCAAAAAUACCAACGGCCGCCUGCCCAUCAAAUGGAUGGCUCCCGAAUCGCUGCAAGAGAAAUUCUAUGAUUCACAAAGUGAUGUCUGGUCGUAUGGCAUAUUGCUGUGGGAAAUAAUGACAUUUGGUGCCCAGCCCUAUCCCACCAUUAUGUCCGCCGAAGAAUUAUACAGUUAUCUAAUGUCUGGCCAGCGCAUGGAGAAGCCCGCCAAAUGUUCGCUCAAUAUUUAUAUGUUGAUGCGUCAAUGUUGGCAUUUCGAUGGCACUGCUAGGCCCACAUUUACCGAAAUUGUAGAGAAUUUAGAUAAACUACUGCUAACGAAUGAAGAUUAUCUAGAUGUGGCGGUGGCGAAUCUAGAAACGCCGCCCUCUUCCAGUGAUGAAGAGGAUUCUGAUGAGGAAUCGCUGCGUUAUCAUUAUAAGUAACGAGAUACUAUAGUAGGUUUGAAGUACAUAUAUAGUAAAAUUUAAGGAUAAAUUUCUUAUUUUAUGGUUGUUUGUAUAUCGUUAAUUAGAUUGAAGAGUGUAAAUAGUGAAAAUUUGUUAACUAAAAUAUAAUUUAUUAAAC